CUGGCUGGAAUCAGAACCAGGCUGUUUCCUGUGGAGACCUCAGCCUGCUGGGAUGGAUUCGGUCAGGAGAUUGUCCAUCGAUUUCACAGAGCCUUAGAUCAGGCCCUGUGAGCCCACCGCAGGGAGCAUCCCCCUCGCGCACACACAACCCUGCUCCGAAGUAGCAGCUGGGACGUCAGUUGGAGACACACAAGUAAAGCUGGGCAGGAGGCGCGGGGAGUUUCGCCCCUGUCCAUGACAGGCUGGGAACAAUAGCCCGUGUGGAAACGGCAGCCGUGUUGUGCCAGUGCAUCCGGAGAGGCAGGAAGGAGCCAGGCAGGAGGAAAUAUUAAAUAGAGCAAUAUAAACACUCGGCUGGAGGGGAUAAGGGGCGGACGCGCCCCGCCCCACCGCCACUGCCACUGAAAGCGGGGCCAGAGAGCCGGGCGGCAGCAGUGAGCCUGCAACAUGGACAAGAACGCCUACGCCAUGGCCAAGUUCGGCCUGGAGUCCAGGGACAACCUGAACCCCAAGCGGGACUGUGGCUUCUACAUGAAAUACAUCUUCCUAUUCACCUCGGUCAUCCAGUUCCUCAUCAUCUUGGGGCUGGUUCUCUUCAUGCUCUACGGCAACGCCCACGCCGGCACCGACACCCACCUGCGGCACCUGGAGGAGCAGGUCCAGGAGCUCUACAGCAAGAUGACGCUGCUCAACGCCAAGAACAAAAACCUCACCCAGCAACUCAACGCCACCAGCAAGGAGAAGCUCGGCUGCGUCCAGCAGAUGACGGCAACCCAGAAAGAGUUGGAGAAAUGCAACGCCACCCUGCGGACCUGCAACGCCGACCUGGUCCAGUGCCAGAACAUCUUGGUCUACGCCCAGUACUACAGGCUGAUGGCAGAGGAGAGCUCCAGGAACAUGAACAUCCUGAACAUCACCUGCUACGCCGAGAAGCUGAGCCUGCGCGAGACCCGGGACUGGCUGGUGCGGGAGGCCCAGCAGCAGCGGGAGAACUGCUCGCAGGUGACGGAGAAGCUGAAGCAGGCGGCCAGCAGCGCCAACAGUGAGUGGGAGCUCUGCCGGCAGGAGACCAUCCGCCUGCGGGCACAGUACAACGGGCAGCGCCUGGGGCAGAACCAGUGUUGCAGCCUUGGGGAGAAGAUGCUGGGCGAGUUCCAGAACAUCCAUCAGACCCUCCAGGGGAAACUGGGGACCCUCUCGCCCUACUCGUCCAGCAGCUGCACCACGCUGAGCCAGCAGCUGAACUCGCAGCUCAAGACGCUGGGGGACAAGCUGCAGCAGGAGAUGCAGACCCAGGGGCAGGAGAACGGGCGGCUGCAGGCCGAGAAGCUGCUCAGCGAGGCGAACCUGCAGGACUGCGGGCAGCAGCGCGCCAGGGAGACCCAGCAGCACCAGCACCAGCUGCAGGCCCUGCAGGCUGCCUGCGACGCCGAGGCCAAGCGGAGCUACCAGGAGAAGCAGACGCUGACGGAGGAGAAGGGCCACCUGAACCAGCAGCUGCAGGAGAAGAACAAGCUUCUGGCCCAGGCAGAGGCCGUGAAGGCCCAACUGGAGAGCUGCAGGAGGGCAAAGGGCAGUGCUUGGAACCCAGGCCUGAGAAAUCCUAGCAACCCCGGGACCUUCGGGAACCCUGGGACCUUUGGAAAUCCAGGGACACUGGGGAACCCCGGGACGUUCGGGAACCCGGGGACACUGGGGAAUCCUGGGACGUUCGGGAACCCAGGGACACUGGGGAAUCCUGGGACGUUCGGGAACACUGGCAGAGCCAACCUGGAUGAAAUCAGAAAGCGAAUCCUGGAGGAGGCCAAGCUGUCCAACCAGUUCCCCCCAAAACCCGUGGCACAGCCCAGCGGCUAACGAGAGAGCAAGGCCAUGGGGAGCAGAGGCCGGGAGCUGAGCUGGAGGAAACGCGACUUGAUUGGCAAGAAACUUAGGAGACUGAGCUGGUGCAUGGCCUGAAAUCGCUCUCGCUCACACAGACAGACACGCCUGGGCAGAGACUCACAGCCAGGCGCAAACACAUACAUGUGACUCUCCCCCACCCACACAGCUGCAAUCCAUCUUACACCCCG